AGUGUSUGUAGACUCGCAAGCCCAAAUUUGCAUAUUCCUCGCUGAUACCAUAGCUGUUGCACGUGGUGAAAGAGUUCUUUCAAGUAGUCGACUAUAUACCUCAGUGAAGCUAUCAUUCAUAGCCGAGAGGAACCAUUAAACCAUCAAAAUGAGUUCUGAUGAAGUGAAUCCCAAAGCGUACCCACUAGCUGAUCCGCAGUUUACAACGACUAUCCUAGACCUCCUGCAGCAAGCAGUGAACUAUAAACAGCUAAGGAAAGGCGCCAAUGAAGCCACCAAGUGUCUAAAUAGAGGAGUAGCAGAGUUCAUUGURAUGGCAGCUGAUACUGAACCUCUCGAGAUCCUACUUCACUUACCACUGCUUUGUGAAGAUAAG